GGUCAACGUGUUUGUCAAUACGAAGUACCGGGAGGCGGCGAAUGUCGCGACGUUAAAUGUGGCGACCUGCACAUCGACCGGAUCGCGGUCGAGCCCAGUGGUGCGCCCUAUCCACAUUAUGUCUGACCUCCCCUUUUUCGUGAUCUUAUCGCAUGUGUCCCGCUCGCUACUGUUGGUUUGGUUGCAGAUGAGGAUACGGCCAACUUUUUUCAAGCGGCGCUCCCAGGCAACGUGCGGGCGGCGAACCCGUUGGAAUUGUAUCAUGCUCUGCGGCAUGCACGGGCGCAAAUGGGAACUUCAACAUUCGACGAGCGCGUCGGUGCUGUGUGGGCCAGUCUUGUUGAAGCCCACGACCGGUAACGAUGAAGUGCCGACCUGGUAGUGAUGCCCGACGUGGAGCUCGCAGCCACGAACGUAGUUUGUGUGCAGGCUCAGUCGGAGGCGCGCGCCGCGCAGAGGAGGAAUCGACGUCAAAAAAAAAAAAAAGAACGAGUCGCAAGACGCGAUUGGGGCGACGUCGUCGUGUGAUGAUGUCUUUUUCGAUGGUCAAAAACAUGUUGCGUGUGCGUGCGGUGAUGUCGACGGGGAAGAGCGCCGUGAGCGCCAUCGGGAAGCCUGGGGGCGUCGGCUCCUGAGUGCAGUCGGAUGAGACAUGGAUGUGUAGCGAGAACGGGCCCAAUGUAGAUACAUAGGACUGUGUAGACGAGCUGUGUGGGCGGCGAAGGAAUAAUUUGUUUGUUAUUCGUG